AUGGCUGAAAUUAUUGAAGAGCAGGAACCGGAAAUCGAGGAAUGUGUUCCUGAAGUUGAAGAAGUCAGUGAAGUGAUGAAUGAAGAAAGUUUCUUUGGUGAACCGACUAUGGGUUUUUGCCCACAGUACGAAGUUGAACAAACUCCGGUUCAAGAGACCAUUGAUGUCUCAAAGGAAAUGAAUGAAGAGACUUUGAAAGAAAUAGCAGACAAAGCUCUUAUGGUCAAUCUGCAAGAGUCAGGAAAGAAGUCCGAGUCCGAUGACAAAUCAGAAAGUGAGAAGUCCGAGUCCGAUGACAAAUCAGAAAAUGUGAAGUCCGAAUUAGAAGAGAAAUCUGAGUCUGAGUCCGAAGACUUUGGUAAAUCGGAAGGUAAAAAUGAUAAACAAGAAAAUGUGUUUAAAAAAGGUGAUCCAAUUCUUGAAAAGCCAUGCGAAAACUGUUUGAAACCAUGCAUGGAUUGUCUUGAAAAAAACAAACAGUUUCAAGAGUUGAAAAAGUUUAACGACAAAUUAAAAUUUAAUUUUAAUGAUGUUAAAGAAGCUUAUGACACUCUGUCACGAUCAAUUAAAAUGAUUCAUAAUGAAAGUAAAGAAAAUGAUAAAAUUGCUAAUUUGCUCAAAGCCACGGUCAUGGAAAAGCAAAUGUCGAUUAACAUCCAUCUGGAUACAAUUGCGUCUCUAAAGAAGGAACUUGAACUGAUGCGCAUUGAGACAGAAAGAGUUGACAAAAAGUUGAUCAGUUAUCUUUCAUCUUCAUAUGUGAUUAUUCAUAUCAUUCCUCAACAAACUGAUUUCAAAAACGUUCCACCCCCAAUGUGGAAUAAUUAUACUCAGAAAUAUCCAGACGGGGUGGAGAAGGCAUUGAAUCUCAAACUGAGAACAGAGGAGAAUGAGUUACCGGAAAACAUAGAUGUUACAUUCUCUCCAUCUGACACCGACAACGAGUCACAACUGGUUAAAACAGUUGUAGACCAAGUGUUGAAUGAAGAAAGUGAUAACACUGAUUUCAAAACGGUUAAAACUCAUUUUGAGAAUUCUAGUUCAGAUUCUGAAGAUGAUGGAAACUUUCUUGAUAAGUUUAUCCCAAAGUUAGAUAAAGUUUUGGAUGACGAUUCGAUCAUUGUGGUUUACACGAUGACCGGAACUGACAAACUGUAUGCUUAUUUUGAGUACCCGAUUCAGAAUGCGAACCUGGAAAAGGUUGAAAAAGUUUUUAAACUUGUGGAAAUUGAUAUCUCAGAAGUUAACAACAAUUCGUUUCUAUCAAAACCAAAAAAAUCUUUUGUUAAACAACCGACAAACAACCCAUGA